AAGCUUAGAUGCGCUGUUAACCACGGGAAAAAAACAGGGAGGCGAAGGAGAGGCGGAGAACGCGGUCUCGUUCAGCCUUGGUUGGAAGGAACUUGGAUCUGCUCGCACAGACCCAUUUUCCAUCAUGGACUCUCGCGACUCACCAAGUUUGGUACCACUAAACGAGACGAGACGAGUAGACGAGACGCUGGCUAAGCCCAAGUCCGUCCGGCACAUCCUGCUGCCGAGUCUAAGCUGGAACGCUUUUUUUCGAGUCGACUCAAAAGAUUAGGAUUCCCGGUCCGCUUGCCUGCUGAGACCCCCCCUUUUCGAAACGCCUCGAAUGAUGCACCGGUUUGUUAUUGGACGUUUCUUGUAACGGUGCAAGAAGGACGCUUUUUCCCGUUUGCCGUGCGCAGUGCCAGCCGUGCCGAGGCAUGCGUUAGUGCUAGCCAUCGGUCGGUAGUAACAGGCUCGGUAGUAACAGGCCCGGUAGUAGCAGGCUCGGUAUAGGCUUGUUUCCAAGGGCUGCUGCUGCUACUUGUAGGAGUAGUCAUUCCUUGGAGUCCAGCCAUCGUGCGUGGAAAAUCGGACUUUUUAGUUUCCGAUCUGCUCAAGCGCCUCGAAUUCGACGUCAGUAGGGUCGAUUGAGGUCCUUUUUCAGCCUCCCAAGCACAGUACGGUAGCACCGUAGCGACUGCAUGCGUAGUACCUACUAGGUGGGCUCUCUCGUGGGAAUCACGGGGUGAAAUCAGGGUCUCACGUCUUGUUUUGAGGCGCCUCAUAACCACGCGCCGGGUAGCGGGGCUCUCACGUGGGAAUCACGGUCACGGUAGAACCUGGGUCUCACGCUUUCAAUACUGCGAGCAUUUUUCAGGAGCAUUUUUUGCCGUUACUAAUACUGCGAGCUACCACCCCCUCAGCUCAUCACGCUGGCUGGUGCUGGAUUUCGCGUGCGAGCUUCUGCGAACUGCUGCUACCACUAGCGCAGGCUAGAUCCGCUCUGGCUGCAUCCCCCCCGUUCAAGCUUAUUUUAAACGAGUGACGCUCGCUCACAGCAGCGAGCGAGACCUCUGUUGUGCUGGCCACCCGUCAUCGUCCCGUUUCUACCACGCGAAGGAGAUGCAAGCACGGACCAGCAAGAGGCGCAUUAACUUAUAUACCGUCGUCUCUUCUCUCUUUACUAAACUCGCGAGCCUAUUUCCGUCUGUAUCCCAGUCCGUCUGGGUCGUGAAGGCCCCUUGGGAAUGCCGAACCCACGGACGUAAUCUAGUAGAACGGAAUUACCAGGACGGAGUUCUCCAACCACCUGAUCUAACGGCCCACUACUGACUGUCCUUGAGUCCGCUUAAUCUCCACCGUCUCCUCCUCCCUUGCAUCCUUCUCUAGCUGCAUCCGCGUUAUCCGCUUCAAUCCCCCAUUUGCCUGCGUGGGCGUACCCGUGCUGCCGUCCUUUCACGCACUGGCCUCAAGCCUUACCUGGAUAAUUUUCCGCGUCAGGAGAAAAUGAGCCGACCUGUUCAGGAGAAAUCUCAGGAGGAUUCUGUUGAGGAUCUGUCGCUCUCGGUCCCGGUCUCACAAUGUACUGAUCACACCUCUGGUGCUGCCACGUGGCUCAAUUCCAUCAGUGACGACGAUUCCCCGCUGGCCGGCGUUGCAGUGAGCUGCUGCCGUUCCUUUCAGCCCAUUGCUGUUGCUGCUGCUGCUGCCGCUGAUGUCUCUGCAAGCCCUGCUGGCGCUGCCUCGACUUGUAAGAAAAUUCAGUACCUGGGGUUAGAGAAAACGGCAUCAGCGUGCAGCAGCCGCCGAAGCAGCAGCAGCGGCGGCGGUAACAGCAUUGGUAGCAGCAACAGCAGCAGCAGUAGCAGCGGCAGUCGCAGUGGCGGCAGCAGCAGCAGCGGCAGCAGCAGCAGAGGCAUCGGCGGCAGCGGCAGCAGCAUCAGCAGCAGCAGCAAUUUUGGCCGGCGGCUAACUGUGCUAACUAAUGGCACUAGCGGUUUCGUCGCUCGCUUACUCACCCCUCGCAUCCUCGCAACGCCUCAAAAGUCACAACAUUUCAAUCAUCAUCAGCAGCAGCAGCAGCAGCAGCAGCAGCAGCAGCAGCAGCUACCGCCCACAAUCAUUCUCCUCCUUCCCGACGGGGGGGUCCGCAUUCUGACUGAACCAGUCACUGCGGGGUCAAUCUUGCAGGGGUUUCCCCCCGGUGCUGCCCUCGGUUCAGUCACAUCGCGUAGCAGCACGCUCUCGCCUGGAGCGGUGCUGCGGCUUGGAAGCACGUACCGUGUGUGGUUCCCUUCUCGCCCAGCCACCGUCUGCAGAACGUGCAGCUGCCAGGGAAGCGCUGAUCCAAUCACUGCUGCGGGCUUUGGUGAUGCCGUCGGAAAAUCCAUGUCAUUGCCAAGAGAAGCGCGUGAAGCAACGGAGGAGAUUUACUGCGGAGAAGUGGGACAGCUCUGGCGCGCACGGCAGGAGGGUCGCCACAUGCUGCUGCUGCCACAGGUGCAAUGUGGUGCCGACACAGAUGAGGAAGGUGUUAGUGAUGCUGGUGUUGGUGCUGGUGUUUGUGCUCAGCAGCAGGAGGCUGGACUCCCAUGGGGCGUUAGCAGAGAAGGCUGCAGCAGCAACCGAUCUAUGAUAGCUGAUUGCUGGGCGGCAGAGGGCGAUGAGGCAGGGGAAGAGACUAUGGAGGAUGGGGCUUCGGAGGAGACGGCGUGGGGUUUCAGCAGCAGCUUCAGCAGGAGCUUCAGCAGGAGCAGCAGCAGCGGUGCCGACCGGGCUAGCAGCCUAGGGAGACUGUCUUUUGAAGGGGUUUCGGAAGCAUCGCCUACAGCGGCAGGGGAAUCAUCUCAGCCUUCUGCCAUACCUCCUGGUGCCACCGUCAUUUCUGAUCAGACAAGCUGCGCUCUGAUUGGCCAGGUGUCAUCAGCAGCUGAAGCUGCUGACAUGGCAGCAGAGGCAGCAGCACGACUGCGAGCCAUGGCACUGCAAGCUGCUAGGGAACUGGUUGAGAUCCACCGCUUUCCAAGAAGCUUCCCUGCGCUUUCAACUGUGCUUUCCAGGCCCCCCACAGCACCCUGUGCUCUCCUGGGACCAGGCAAUUCGCCUGGCAUUCGACCUGGCUUUCCACCUGGAUAUUCACCUGGUUAUUUCCCUGGCAACAGAGAAAAGCCACUCCAAGGUACCACGUCACAUGAGGAAGAAGUCGUGGCUCUUGCUGUUUCUCAACCCAUUCUGCAAUCCCAAGACGGGCAUUUUCCUCGUCAAGGCAGUACGCGUGAAAUGGGACAAGGCACAGGGCGUGUGUCGGACAGAAGUAUGUGUACCAUUGGAGGAAACGGCACUCCCUACCAAUUUGGGCCAGGGCCUGGAAGGCUCAACUCGAGACUUGUUCAGGUUGAGGAGAAUGAGGCUUGGGACAACAGGUGUGGGGGCGAUACUCCCGGACCAGAACAGGAUUUCGACAAUUCUAACGUCGAAUAUCAAAGCAUGCAAGCUCUGUUGGAUAGUGGUACUACUUCUGGAGCCUUGAAUGCUGCAAAUGUUGGGGGGGUUUCUACAGAGGCUGUGUGCAAUGCAGGUGCAGGGAGGCCUGCUUGUGUUCGACCGUUGCUGUCUCCCUUGAAUCCUCCCGAGUCUCCGUGCGGUCCGCUCUCCCCAAGCUGCUUCUCUCCUGCGGUUGAUGAGCCAAGCCCUUGUGUUGCUCCCACGCCACGACGGCUCUCAUCAAGGUUUGGCAUAACUGUACACAGGGAUGCAUUUUGAGUUGGCUCAAACCACGCUCUCCCCAAGCUGCUUCUCUCCUGUGAUUGAUGACCAAGCCCUUCUGCUGCUCCCACUCCAAGGCGACUCUCAUCAAGGUUUGGCGUAGCGGUGCACAAGGAUGCGUUUUGAGUCGACUCCAAACACCCUCUCCCCAGGCUGCUUCUCUCCUGCGAUUGAUGAGCCAAGCCCAUCUGCUUUUCCCACUCCACGUCGACUCUCGUCAAGGUUUGGCGUAAGGAUACACAGGGAUGGCUUUUGAGAUAGAAAUACUGCUGUGAAUAGGCAGGAGUUUUCUUAUGCUGCAUUUAAAUGUAACGCUUCUUACACAACGGCUUUUCCUUCCUACUAUCGCGGAUGAUGUCAGGCUUGGAGCAGAAAGGGCCAUUUGGUUUCUGCGAUGGCUGAGGGCGGGUCCAAAUAGUUCAUAC